AUGGGGCUGAAGAAACUAUUGAAACUUCAACCUCCCUCUCAAGAGGAAAUUGAAAAGCAAAAUAGAGAAAACUUGCAAGCUCAGGGAGUUAGCAUUCGCUCCGAGAAAAAGAGACCAGACAAGUUUGCCGCCUUUAAACAGUACGCCCAAGACAAGGUCACUCAAUCUCCCACUUAUAGGCCAGUUUCCAAAGAGUCUGUUCAAGCAAAUUACCAGCCUUAUCAAAGCGAUCGAAAACUCAAGAAAGCUCAAGAGGAAAAGAUCUCCGCUUCCAACAGUAAUAACCCUUACGCUCAGUACUCCGAUAGUUAUGGGGCUCAGUCCGGAACCAAUGGUUCAUCAAUUUCCAACUUAAAUUCCCAAGAGUACAGUAGUGGACGCAUCAAUAACCCAUAUUCUAGCUACGAAAAUUCGGAAAACGUGGCAGCUUUGGAACAAGAAGAAGAGUUGUCGUUUGGUGGCGCUAAUGAUGCUGGCCCUCAACAAUUGAGAAGACUCCAGACCAACCAGACAGCACAAACUAAUGGAUUUUCUCAAUUUGGUGACUUGAAUGAUCUUCCUGAAAGCGUAUUAAACGCUCCUGUCAGUUCGCAAGCUCACGAGCAAUCACUUAUGACCCCUGAGGAAAUCGAAGAGGAGGAAGAAGUUGAAGCGAUUAAACAAGAUAUCAAAUUUACCAAGCAACAGUCAGUUGGGUCCACAAGGAAUACGUUAAGGAUGGCACAAGAAGCUGAGCAGUCGGGUCAAAAUACCCUUGGUGUUCUGGGGUCUCAAAGUGAACGGCUAUACAAUGUUGAAAGAACUUUGGCUUUAGCCGAUACUCAGAACAAGAUUGCUGAUGACAAGGUCAAGGAAUUAAAGAAAGUUAAUCGUUCGAUAUUUGCUGUUCAUGCAGGAAAUCCUUUUAAUUCUAAAAGAAGACUUAGAAGACAGGAAGAAGAUAUAAAGAAUAGGAGGAUGGAAGAGAAGUUGAUUUCAGAACAGCUAAGAUCUCAAGUCUAUCGAUCAGAACAUCGUAUUACUUCCAGUUUAAGAGAACAAAAUGCAAAGUCAGAACUUCAAGAAAAAUACGACAAAGAACGGAAGCUCAAAGAGGCUCAAAGGUACCAGUUUGAAAAUGAUUCUGAAGACGAUGAUAUGGAGUUGGAGAUUGCCAGUAACUUGGACCAAAUUGGAAAUGCUACCUCUAGAUUAAAAAAACUAGCUGUGACCGCUAGUGAAGAAAUUGAUCACCAGAAUAAAAGACUGAAAAACAUCGAAGAAGAUGCCGACAGGCUUGAUAUUAAUGUCCACUUGAACCAACACAGAAUUCAACAUAUACGAUGA